AAAAUCACAAAGACAUCCAACAAGAUUCCAUCCAGGAUUGUUAAUGAAGAGCAAAUUUCCAAGGCCUGGCCAUUUUCUCUGAUUUGUGUUCUGUGCCCUCGUGCAAAAGAUGUCAGGAAACACAACUAAGAACUCGAUCAACCCUCACUCAGCUCCUCUAAGUUUGUUCCUAGGUAGCAUUUCACUGGUCACUGUUGUCAUGAACAUAUUAGUACUAUGUGCUGUCAAAACUGAAAAGAAGCUGCAAACAGUAGGCAAUAUAUACAUUGUCAGCCUUUCUACUGCAGAUCUUAUAGUUGGUGCAGCUGUUAUGCCACUGAACAUUGUUUAUCUUGUAAAUGGCACAUGGAUUCUGGGCACACCAGCCUGUUUCUUCUGGUUGUCAAUGGAUUAUGUGGCUAGUACUGCAUCCAUCUUCAGUCUCUUCAUAUUGUGCAUAGACCGCUAUCGUUCAGUUCAGCAACCACUAAAAUACCUUAAGUAUAGAACAAAAAUGAGAGCGUCCUUAAUGAUUUUGGGGGCUUGGUUUCUGUCUUCUAUGUGGGUCAUCCCAAUUCUAGGCUGGCCUGCGUCUGGUAAGAGUGAGGAAGGAACACAGAACUCAACCAAGUGUGAAAAGGAAAGCAUACCCAAAUGUGAAACUAAUUUCUCUAAAGUCAUGUGGUUUAAAUUGUUGACAGCCAUUAUCAAUUUCUGCAUGCCCUCUAUCAUCAUGCUAUGGCUCUACUGGAAAAUAUUCAGGACUGUCCGAGAACAUUGUCAGCACCGACAGCUCAUCACUGGAUCAUUACAGUCUUUCUUAGCAAACAGAAGCAAGACAAAAGAUGAGCAAAAGAUGCACCCCCAAAAGCAAAUCUUGGAUGAAAAUAUCCCUCCCAAAGACCAACACAACUCCACUCAGCCUAAAAAAAUGGAGGCAAUACUUCAUUUAGGCAAUAUCGACAAGUCUGCAAAGACUUUUGAUAGCAGGAGCAACAGCAAAGUUUUCAAAUGGAACUGUUUCCCUCUCACCACUGCCGAAUCUAAGCCAGGCCUGGAUAAAUCAGGAAAAAAUCAUGUCUGUGUUGUAAAGGAGGAUCAGAAUGAAGAGGAAAGUGACUUUAGCAAUGCAUCAAUUGACCAGACUUCUGCAGAACCGGCUCCCUGUAGAAAUGACUCUGAUCCUAACCCUGAAGGAGCAUGCGGCCCUCAGGGAAAGACUCAGGACAAGGAUGUCACCGGACUUACUUACCUGAAGAAAACGUGGCAAAGACUGCAUAGCCAUUCUAAAAGCCAUAUUCAAAGACUAUAUGUGAGUAGGGAGACGAAAGCAGCUAGGCAGUUAGGGGUCAUAAUGGCAGCCUUUAUUUUGUGCUGGAUUCCCUAUUUUAUAUUAUAUACAGUUAUAGCCUUCCAUAGUUGUAAAGAAUUCCCCAACUUACACAUGUUGACGAUAUGGCUUGGCUAUCUGAACUCCACUUUAAAUCCAUUCCUCUAUCCUCUUUGUAAUGAGAAUUUCAAGAAGACAUUCAAAAAGAUCCUUCACAUUCACUGAUAGUGUAGCUUUGGACUGUUUUUUCUGAGAAAAAAAACAGUUCCUAAGUUCAACCAAACAAAACAUUC